CUGUCUCACUCUCAUCCAAAACCCUCUCCCUCGUUUCCCGAUCUCUAGUCCGAUGGGUUCUCUACGAUGAUGCACCGUCGAUUUUCCCUUUCCUUCUUCUCAAAUUUCUUCAUCGGGUUUUAUGAUCCAAGCAAGAGGUCAUCGAGGAGCUUGUUUGGGGCUUUCGAGUGAGCGCAGAGGUGUUUCGAAGAGCAGAGGAAGAUAAUGCCUUCGAUCCACAUACAGCUCCUUUUGCUUCCAUCUUUGGCUCUCUUUCAUGUUGGAUUGUGUUCUCACCGUUUGAAACGGCUUGAGAAGGGUGAUCGGCGUGGUAAUCUUAGUUAACAAUAGGAUCUUUUUUUCUUCUUGUUCUUCUUCUGUAUUCUUUUAUAAAUCUGUCUGUAUUCCUCUCUACGUUCGUUGGUUUUUGGGUUCUGGCUUUCUGGGUUACUACAAUUAGCUGUUAUUUGUUGAUAAUCUUGGGUUCGAUAAGUCGGAGGUGGAGAUCGCGUUUGAAGAAUUUGUUUGGACUUGAUAAGAGAUAUUCAGAGAAAGCCUAAGAGUUACCUAUUUCUUGUUUGGCGGUGUUAUUGAUGGACAUUAUAUCUAGUGGAUGUGUUGCUUGUGACGGUGUUCUGGUAGCUGAAACCCAAACGAAUUGUUCGAAGGUUGAUGGAGAUUAUAAAAGCGAUGCAGAGGGAUUUCAAGAGCUUGAGCCAAAUGGGCAUGAAUCCGUUAAUAAGUCCCUAGAAAAGGCUGCAACUUUGCCAUCUGAAGAUGAUGAACCUGAAGCAGCACUGCAGCUUCUGUUCUCUGGGAAAUCCGAUCAGCCUGCAUUGCAGCUUGUGUCUGCCAUGAAAGGUAGUCGUGAAAAACUGGGAGCAUCACCAAGGAAGCUGGCAGUGUCUUGGGCCCCUGACGUGUAUGAUCCCAUUCCUAAUUCGUUAUCACACACUGUUAAAAGCAGACAGAAGAAGUCCAGGAAAGAUAAAAAUAGCAACAAAUCCAAGAAAAAUGGAAAGAAGGGCCAGAAAGGUAACUCAAAAGGAGGAGGCGGCGGCAAGGACAAGAAGCAAUUCCGCAAAACUGGUGGGAGGUCUGAUAAAUUUUACGAGCCACUGGACGCUUGUGAUGAUCCUGAACUUGGUGAGUUUGCUGUCGGUAGCCCUGACUACUGUGGAAGUAGCUUCCUCAAAAAAUCACCCACAAUGUUUCACUACCCUGUUGCAGAGGCGUUGUGAACUCACACCUUCAUUCUACAAUUUGGUGUUCUGUGAAUAAAUAAUUGUGGCUAUGAAGCUUUUGACUGGAAGAUGUGAUUGGGUUACCUGUCUUAACCAUGUUUUGGUUGAUGCUAUUACUAUAUCAACUUGUAUUGGUUUUAUGCUACUUGUAUGAUUUUCUCGUCAA